AUGCCUAUAAAAGAAAAAGCUAGCAAGGAAAGUAGUAAUAAGAAUACUAAUAUAAAAAAAGUAGAAAAAGAGAAGAUAGAGGAAAAAAGUAAAGUAGCUAUAGUUAAGAAAGAAGUAGCUGUAGAAGUUAUUACAGAAGUAGCUAUAGUAAAGGAAGAAGUAAAGAAAGAAGUAGCUAUAAAAGUAGCUACAGAAGUAGCUACUAUUAAGGAAGAAGAAGAAGAGAAGAAAGAGGUUAUAGAGGUUACUACUAAGGUUAUAGAAGUUACUGCUAAGGUUACUAUAGUUAAGGCAGAGAUACUUACUAGGAAGCCUGCUAGAUCCUAUAAAGAAACUAAGGCUAGUUUUAAAAGUAUAUCUAAGAAGCCUACUUCUAGUCUUAGCUAUUAUAGCAGGGCUAUUACCUAA